ACAAUUGCCGCACGUCUAUAUAAAGCGCCCGUGCCACCCACCCCGGCUUUCCUCUUCCAUCACUUUCUUGUUUGUAGAAUCAAAGCAAUUUGAAUCAAACCAGACCGAACCAAGCAAUCUAACCGAACCAAAUAAAUAUGAGUUGUUGUGCAUCUACCCACCCUUCUUGCAAGUGCGAGAAAUGCCAGGGAGGCAACUGCCAGGGAGCCAAGUGCCAGUGCGAAAAGUGCCAGUGCGACAAGUGCCAAUGUACCAAGUCUUGUGAGGGCAAGGAGUGUGAAGCCGAAUGUGAGGACAAGUGCAAGAGUGAGAAUUGCCUGUGCGACAAGUGCCAAUGUGAGAAAUGCCAAUGUGGAAAGUGCAAGAGUGAUAACUGCCUGUGCUCUGUGUGCAAGUGUUCCACGCGUCCAUGCGAGAAGUGCGAGUGCUAAGCGGAUUGCGGUGGAGGCAGUGUGCCAGGAAGGGAAAUGGAGAGAUUUUGAGUUAAGGAAUGGAGAG